UGAGGGGACAACUCGGCCUUGCCCCUUCCAACCACUUCCGAGCAUCCAGCCCAAGGGCGCCGCCUGCCACACCUCGUCUCGCCGGCGCCAUCAAGCGUGACCUCCGCCGCAAAUCCGCACCAUCACCACCCAAAGCUCUGUAAUCGACCAGCCCCCAUGAAGGCGUCGAUCAAGUUCCGCGACGACGACCGGCCGCUGAUGCGGGCCAAGGUGCCGAUCGGGGUGCUCGGGCUGCCGUUCCAGUCCGGCCUCUCCGCCGGCGGCGACCCCCGCGAGCUCCGCUUCGAUCUCUCCACCGCCUUCUCCUCCGGCCCGGCGCUCCGCCUCUCGUACCGCCCCAACGACCCCAGCCUCCCCUUCUCCGUCUCCGUCCGCUCCGGCGUCGGGCCCCUCGGCUCCCCCGCCCGCGCGCCCUUCUCCCUCGCCGCCGAGUUCAACUUCCUCUCCGGCAACCCGGGCUCCCCCGCCUUCUUCCUCCUCCUCAAGCCACGGCUCGGCGACUUCUCGCUCUCCCACACACUCCGGUCCUCGCUGCCCCCGCCGCCCCGCAAGAUCGGUGAGGUCUCCGACAGCGGCGACGGCCAUGAGCACGAGCUGGACUACAAGACGUUCUCGUUUAGCGGAAGCGGGUUCGCGGCGGACGUCGCCGCUGCGGGGAAGAACGGCGGGGUCGGCGCGCUGCUGUCCGGGAUGCGGCUCACCACGAGGAGCGUGCUCCCGCUGUGGGGCAGGGCGAGCCUGCGGUUCAACUGGGGGCUGCGCGCGCCCCCGGAGCUUCAGGCCGCGUUCGCCGACGACGAGGCGGGCGUCGGCGGCCACAGCCGCAAGGACGAGCGCGUGGCGAUCAGCAAGAUGCCCCUGCUGGUCAUGAACAAGAUCUCCAUCGAACAGUCUCCUCGCGCGGACGCCGACUUAACGCGCAGCAAAACGGAGUCCUCCUCAUCGCCGGAGAUCGCCGCCGCCGAUGUACCGGACGGCAUAGGACACGGCGGCGAGGGGUUCUCGCUGGUGAGGCGGCAGCUGGAGGCGCUGAAAGCGGAGAGCGGGAUGCUCCACCGCGCCGUGGAGGACCUGCGCGCCGAGGUCGCGAGCCGUAGGGCGGUGCCCACGGCUAGCAUACCCGACUCGUGGAGGACGACGCCGCCGCCACCACCACAGCCGCAUCACUACCACUCGUUCCCGGCAAAGCCGAAUCGCCGGAGCAGUGGUAGCGACACGGCAACCGACAACGCAGCGAAGCCUUCGUCGGAUGAGCUGGGCGAGGAGUUGAAGAAGGCACUGGAGGCGCGCCUGAGGUGAGAGCUUUAGCAAUGGCAGCCAUUGCCGAUGCCUCCACACCAUGGCUAACCUCACUGUCCGGCGUCGCUGGUACAUACUACUCCUACUCCAUUGGCUUGUACUAUUACGCUAGUAUUAUUAGCAUUUCCAAUCAAGAAACGAAGAAA